GUCGACAGAAGUUGUCCGGAUGCUGUGGGUCAACAGGCUACCGGUGUUUGACCACCGAAAAGGACCAGAAUAGACUACUGUACCGGGAGUUUUACCUACCAGGGAUUACGUAUUAUAUAUACAUAUAUAUUAAAAUAUACAUAUAUAUAUAAGUAACUAUAUAUCAUACCUUCUUUGCACGAAAGAAAUACGUGUUCCAUGAGAAUCUUAAGGCCCUUGAAGAAGAAGCACUGUGAGUCAUGUUCCUUAUUGCAAUGAGUCCGUUCGACCGGCAUAUGUGUUUUUAACAUUGUGUGGCACUUGGUGAUGUGCAAAAAAAUGGCUUGUAUUGCUUGAUUCGUCUGGAUUUUUUGUAGUUGGCCAUUCGUUGUUCCGCCACUAAUUAGCAGGGCGGUUUGCUAAGUGGCUUCUGGGUUUGCUGUGCAAUGCCCCGGUUGCCAGCUGUCUUGGCUCAGCAUUUUGCUGCUUCCCCCAUCUUGAAAGCAGGCUUCGCAAGCUUCAGUUGUUUCGAUUCGGUAAAGCAAGCCGCACUUGUGGCUGCUCUGCUAGAGGCAUGGCACGUGCUUCAACCAUGGCUGGACGUAUGGGCUUGAAGAAUAUCCAGGCCCGUUCCAUGUUCACCGGCGGCAUGCCGCCUGGAGGGCGUUUGCCAGGCUUCUGGCUGAGUGCACCAAACAUUGUGCCUGUCUUCCGAAAGGGUCAGCAUGACAAGGUGCCAGUGGAAGCGUUCUCCAUCGAUUGCCGACCCUAUCAACCUGGAACCUGGAACGAGGCAGAACUCUUCGACCGCAUGAGGAGCACCUACGACACGUUUGGUGUUGUGAGGUUGACCAACACCGGCCUUACUGAAGCCAAAGAGAUGCAUCGAUAUGCACGGGCCGUGGUGAAGAAGCAAAUGAAAUACGAAGGUGGCGCCAAUCCACGUGAAGGGAUCAUCGAGAACGUCUUUGAGGUGGGAGCACCCAACGAUGCCUGGCUACACUACCAUCACGAGAUGGCUUACAACCAACACAGCAUGAAGAACUUGGCCUUUUGCAGCAUCAAGGCGACUCCUGGCAAGGGCGACACAUACUUGUCCGAGAACAUGUCAGUCACCGACUCCUUGAUGCAGACGGACCUGGGACGAAAGCUCCGUGACAAAGGAGUGUGCUACAUUCGAUGCCUGACAGAUCGAGAAGCAUACGAGGGCAUGGGAUGGCAACAGGGUGCUUCUGUUUACAACCACUGGCAGCUGUCUUUCGGCGUGGAGACGCCGGAAGAAGCCGAGCGUGUGGCGCGCGAGUGCGGUUUGGACGUGGAGUGGUGUGAGGAUCCUCUUAAACCAGAAUCUAAGCGAUACAUGAAGACCAAGCUUACAAUCAGCGCCUUUGAGUACUGUCCAUCCGUGGGGAGGAAUGUUCUCUACAGCAGCAUUGCAGAUCACAACAUGUGGUUUGACACCUGGAAGGGCGUGCAUGAUGUUCCACCAGCCAAGCGUCCUCUUCAAAUGACCUUCGGUGAUGGCACACCCUUCACGUUGGAGGAGCUGCAACAAUGGGUGUCCUUGUAUGAUGAGGGAGGCAUCCGUGUGCAGUGGGAGACCGGCGACAUCGUAGCAUUUUGCAACUAUCGCUACGCCCAUGGCCGGCCGGCCUUUACGUUGCACAAGUGGGAGGAGCGACAGAUCGGCGUGGUGCUCGGGGAGAAGUUCCAGCGCCAAGGCACCAUCGAGCAGAAGUGGUGAAGAUCACAACUCUUUGGCACCAAUUCAACAAGGAUGUGGAGCUAGGAGCGACACAUGUGAGCUGGACAACUCGCCGCUCACCAUGGCUGGGCCUGGUACAGGCUAACAUGGGGCGCUCGAUAUGUGCCUCAAGAUAAGCGCAUGGAAAUGCCAGAGUGAAUUCAUGCUGAGUCUAGCAGGUCUCAAGGGCAAUGUCGCAUACAAUUCCAAGCGAUUGAAACGAAC